UUACCCAUGUCUGCACCUUACAAAUGAAAAUUGAAAUUACCCGAGAAAGAAAUAUCACUUGGCUUGUGAGCUACCACAUCCUCAAAACCCACGCCAACCAUUCAAUUCAAUAGCCCGAAGCUUCAAGUACCAAAGCACAAAUCUUGAAUCUCCCAGUUUUUCGCUGCACCGUUUUCUUCCUCUCUAAGCAAAUCUAUCUAGCGUUUUUUUGAGCGACUCCAUGUCGCUUUCAUGUGCUAUUGUACCCACUACAGUGAGAACAGAGUUCUUCAACCCAACUGGUUCUAGGUUUAUCGUGCCAGUAAGGAUUCAUCAUCACAGAAGCAAAUGCGAAUUGAGUAGGAGGGAAUUUGCAUUGAAAGGAAUUGUCGCGGCAGGAGCUUCAGUUAUGGCUUCUUCCUUGGUGGCUGAACCAUCGCAAGGUUUGGAGAGGUUACCAUUUAAGUCGGAGGGCUAUAACUUCUGGACAUGGCGAGGGCACAAGAUACACUAUGUAGAAGAAGGAGAAGGUCUUCCAGUUGUUCUUAUUCAUGGCUUCGGAGCUUCUGCUUUUCAUUGGAGAUAUAACAUACCAGAACUGGCAAAAAAAUACAAGGUAUAUGCUAUAGACUUGCUAGGGUUUGGCUGGAGUGAGAAGGCAAUUAUCGACUAUGAUGCUUUGGUUUGGAGAGAUCAGGUUGUGGAUUUCAUGAAGGAGAUAGUGAAAGAACCUGCAAUUUUAGUUGGAAACAGUCUUGGAGGAUUUACUGCUUUGGUGACAGGGACAUCAUUGCCGGAGCAAGUUGUGGGAGUAGCAUUAUUAAACUCUGCAGGACAGUUUGGAGAUGCAAGUGGUGAAACCAAUGAGACUGAAGAAACUGUCUUACAGAAGUUCCUCCUAAAGCCACUGAAGGAAAUUUUUCAGCGUGUAGUUCUUAGUUUUUUGUUCUGGCAAGCCAAGCAACCAGCUCGCAUUGAAUCUGUAUUGAAGAGUGUAUAUAAAAAUACUUCCAAUGUGGAUGAUUAUCUAGUGGAUUCAAUAACCAGGCCAGCAGCUGACCCAAAUGCAGGAGAAGUUUAUUACAGAUUAAUGACUCGAUUCAUGAUGAAUCAGAGAAAAUACACACUUGACAGCGUCUUGAGCGAGCUCUCUUGCCCACUGUUGUUGGUAUGGGGUGACUUGGACCCUUGGGUUGGUCCUGCCAAGGCUCUUCGAAUCAAGGAGUUCUAUCCAAAUACUUCCCUUGUUAACCUACAGGCAGGGCAUUGUCCACAUGACGAAGUUCCAGAGCUUGUCAAUAAAGCUUUACUGGAUUGGUUGUCAACUCUGAAAUCUACAUCCUCUCUCCAAACUCUAUGAACAUGUUGCGAUUCCAGUCAGCCUCACAUCUGCUUUGAGGUUUACCUUUGCCAUUAAAUUGUAUACUGAUUAACUACAGCUCUUGAUUGUUGGAAGCAAAAUGAUGAAAUAUGAGAAAGAUUUAGUUCUACCAAUCUUCCAAACUUCAACCAUAAAUCUCAAAGGGGCUCAGAGGGUCAGGGGCGGAGGAUUUCGUCUUGAGAGGGGUCAAAUCAGGGGCGGGGCCAGAAUUUUUUUUUAGGGUGGAUACAUUGG